UGUGAUCCGAGCCACCAACAUGCAUGAGGCAGACCUGCCAAGGCGUGAGGUUAACCGCCAGCCACCAGCUGAAGGCCGCCGGCCUCAGUCUCGAGCCUGAGACCGUUAAAAGGCGGGGGAAUUGCUUUGCUUCCAUCGGACGUGGAGGCGCUGAUUUACUAUCUCCAACCGGAUGUAAUCUAACCGCCAGGCCCAUAACGGAGAAAAUGAAGAUAGAAGAUCUCGAGAAGAACGGCAUCGUCUUGUCCGAAGAGCCAGCACCCGAGGGAUCUCUGCCCCGGCACAUUGAGAGGGUGCGGUCUUUCUUGUUGGACUUUGCUUGCACACUUGUCGACGGCCUAGACGACGGCGACGAUGACGAUGUCGAUUGUAUCGAGGACGUUCUCGAAGGCCUAGAUCUCGGACCGGUCGACCGUGACCUCCUCGACAAAUACAAAAUCAUCAGAGAUGAUGCUCGGAUCCUCCACUGGGGAAAAGACAGGGAGGCGGAAUGGCAGACGUUCUUUUGGUACAACUUCUUCCGCCCGCUGGUGGAAGACGCGAGGGUAAAGGACGAGGAUACACGGAACACCGCGCGUGCCAAGUUUUACUACGAGUCUUUUGAAAGCGCGCAAUCCCGACCCUGGACCCUGUUCAGGAAGAAAAGAGAGGACGACGACAGGAGAGAGAAAGGGUUUCGUCAAGAUGACCGGGCACAUCUGACCGAGCCCAAGCCGGACUGGGUUGCCUUCUUCCCCAUCUAUAACUUUCCAGGCGUGAGGAUACCGACGUCGAAACGAUGGCAAUUGAUGAAAGACCCGAAAUCGGUCAUCGUUGAGAACUUCUCACCCGCGACUCUCCAACACCUAGCUCGGUACGGGGUACAGUCGAGCACGGCCAACAUCUUUCAGAAAACAAAAAGCCUGGAGGAUGUUGUCCUCUCCGAUUGCCUCUGCUUCCCUUGGCUUAUUGUUGAGCACAAAAAGGCAGGUGAGAUGGCGCUGGAAGAAAAGUGCCACUGCCAGGCGGCCAACGCGGGGACAGCCGCCGUUAUGAUGCUUGAAACCCUGACCAGGAUUGUUCCUGGGGUCGAAGAGCAUGCCGCCAACGAGUACAUUCCACCCGUUGUGACUAUGACAACGGUGGAUAAGUUCGUCCGGGUGUGGAUCACGUACUGCUGCGAGCAGUCAGACGACGACGCCACGAAAUAUAGGAUGGACUGCGUUUGGAAAGGGGACAUGACGCUUGUCUCAGAUCUCAUCAAGUUCCGCGCCAUUCUUGAAAACGCGCACACUUGGGCCAUGCGUGAGCAGCGCCCUCGAAUCUCGGCUUACAUCGACCUAUGGAAAUACAAAUACCCGACGGGGAGUGAGAUCGAGAAUGAUCGGAGCAGUCUGGCUCCCUCUCUCGCCCACUUGAGCCUGCGCUCCCCUCCUCUAGCCCCAACCGUGGACGAGCAAACGAUCGGGACGGUGGUGCCAUUGCUUGAUGAUGGAACACUAACCCAAGAGCUCUGGGGUCAAUGGACGGACACUGAGGAUGAACUGGAUGGUGAAUAUGAACCGAACAGUGAAGAUGAACUGGAGAGUGAAAACAACAUCGACGCUGAAGAGGGCUUGGGUAGUCAAGAGUAUGAGGAGAAUGAAGCGGACGUGGAGAAUGAAGCGGAUGUGGAAAGUGAAGCGGACGUAGCAAGUGAAGAGGAUCUGGAAACUGAAGAGGAUGUGGAAACCGAAGAGGAUGUGGAAAGUGAGGAGGAUGUGGAAAGUGAAGAGGAUGUGGAAACUGAAGCAAACCUGGGCGCUGAAGAGGACCGUGAUAGGGAAGAGGCCCUGGGUAGUGGGGACGAACCGACGGAGGACGGAUACCCAGAGUCGAAGGGGCUAACAGAGGAGGAGGAUGAAUUAACAGAGGAAGAUCCAACGGAUGACGAACCAUUGACAUGGACGGGGACGUUGACAUGGGAAGAACAAACGACCGAGGGCGAACCGACAUCGGAGGAGCCAGCAGUAGAAGAGUUACCGGCACCAGGAGAGCCGAUAGCACGGGAGGAGCCCGUCGGGGAGGAGUCAGCAAGCAAGGAGCCAACAUUUGACGAGCCAUCAUCAACAGCCAGGAGGUGGGCAAUCUCAGAUCGACCAGAAAUACGAGACGAGUCCGUACUGGAGGAGCCGCCAUCGACUCCUCCGCGGCCGCUGCAUGGUAGGAGCCCAGGACCUCAGCCUCCUGCGAGCCGGGUUCUCCAGGAAUUGGCGUUUGGAGCAAGCCUGCCGGGGCCAUCUCACCAAAAUACCGGCCCUGGUAGUGAAUCCAACCAAGCCAGACCGUUGCCAGAGACAACCACACAAGUUGGCGCUGCCCGACUAGGAGACAAAAAGAUAUUCAAACAAGGCAUUUAUCUGCCACACCCCAGGUUACCAGGGAAAAGAAUGCGGGUGAAGCUACCGGACCCGGACCAACGGCAAAUCGCGCCAAUGCCCUCGAGAUACGCACGCUUCGAUUUCAGGUACCCACGGUUCUAUCUCGGACCCCAGCCAUCGACCCAACCCCCAACGAUAGACAACGGGAUUCGACUCGAAUUCAAGCCACCCCCAACCUCACCCCCCGAUCCCGGACGGAGGAUAGCGGUAAACCUAUCCGACUUCAACGACGGCCCAUUCAGCAAUUUCGCCGCGUCCGCCACGCCCCCAAUACGGCUGGCCAACCUUGCUCCUCAGGGGAUGUCGCCCACCCCGCCUUCACUCAACAACAACAACAACAACAACAACAACAACAACAACGCGGCGGCGCCCUUGGGGCCACCUCCGGGAGGGAUAUAUUCGGACCGCCCUGACACCCCACCUGCCAUCGGGGGGUUCUUUUCCAUGCUGAGCGUGCGGGCGGCCCUACCGCCGACGCCGGAGCCGACGCCCGGUCGGGGGAGGAAUAAGCCGCAGUUUAAUUCAUCUGUUUCGCCAUUCCUCCAUUUUACACCAUCGCAAGCGGCAAGCGAAGCAAACACGGAAGAGCAAACACAUCACAGAUCACAGCAUCUCCAAGGAACCCAAAAUAUUGGUUGACAACGAAACAGUCGAUUCUGCCUAGCUAAAAGCCAGAUUGAUUCCAUUGGGGGGGUAUUGUGAUGAAAAUCGCAAUCCUCUUCGUCCCUCUCUCCCAGCCCGAGAACCCGGAACCC